CGUCCGGACAUCCGGGCCACCGAGGCCCUAGCAGCUCCGCCUCCCUGUAACCCGGGCGACGGCUCCGAAGCCCCGCCCCCGUCUCGCUCUGUUUGGGUCUGUUUUCCCAAGCCCCGCCCCCUGACACGGCCACGCGCCCUGCCUUCCUCCUAUUAGGUACGCGGGCGGGGCUGGGGCUUGAGGCGUUUCCAGCUGGGUGGAGAUUGCGACGCUGAACGCAGACAAUGGAGCGCGCGCUGGCUGUGCCCCAGCUGCCACCGCACGACCCGAAGACCCCAGUGCUGUCGGUGGUGGAUAUGCACACCGGCGGCGAGCCCCUGCGCAUCGUGCUAGCUGGGUGUCCGGAGGUCGUCGGCCCCACGCUGCUGGCUAAGCGGCGCUACAUGCGCCAGCACCUUGACCACGUACGACGGCGGCUCAUGUUCGAGCCCCGAGGGCACCGGGACAUGUAUGGAGCCGUCCUGGUGCCUAGCGAGCUGCAGGACGCACACCUAGGAGUCCUGUUCCUGCAUAACGACGGCUACAGCUUCAUGUGCGGGCACGCCGUCCUGGCGCUGGGCCGCUUCGCGCUCGACUUCGGGCUGGUGCCUGCGCCCCCGGCUGGCGCCCGCGAGGCCCACGUCAACAUCCACUGCCCGUGCGGGCUAGUGGCCGCGUUCGUGGCGUGCGAGGGCGGCCGCAGUCGCGGCCCGGUGCGCUUCCACAGCGUCCCAGCCUUCGCGCUGGCCACAGACCUCACAGUCGAUGUUCCUGGUCAUGGAAAGGUGGUGGUAGACAUAGCAUAUGGUGGCACCUUUUAUGCCUUUGUCAGUGCUGAAAAGUUCGGACUCGACGUUUGUUCUGCAAAGACAAGGGACCUUGUAGAUGCGGCAAGUGCAGUGACGGAAGCAGUGAAAGCUCAGUUUAAAAUUAAUCAUCCUGAUAGUGAAGAUCUUGCCUUUCUGUAUGGAACUAUAUUAACAGAUGGAAAAGAUGCUUAUAGCGAGGAACCAACCACCAACAUCUGUGUGUUUGCAGAUUCACAGGUUGACAGAAGUCCUACAGGCUCAGGAGUGACAGCCCGAAUUGCCUUACAGUAUCACAAAGGGCUUCUAGAACUAAACCAGACCAGAUCCUUUAAAAGCAGUGCAACUGGCUCAGUAUUCACUGGGAAGGCCGUGAGGGAAGCAAAAUGUGGUGAUUUUAAAGCUGUUAUAGUGGAAGUAUCAGGACAAGCCCAUUACACAGGUACAGCAAGCUUUAUAGUAGAAGACGAUGACCCAUUGAAGGAUGGAUUUCUUCUCAAGUGACUUCUUCCAUGACUUUUAAGAGAUUUCUUUUAAGGCAAUUAUUAUCUUUAAGUAAUUUUUCUCUAAAUCAUGUGAAAAACAAUAUCUGAUGUUUAAACAUGUAAACUAACUUCCAUUCUAUCUAAAAUAGUAUGUUGUGGCUAAAUUUAAAGUCACCAUACCUAUGUGGAGGCCCUGGUGGUACAGUGGUUAAGAGCUCAGCUGCUAAUCAAAAGGUUGGCAGUUUGAAUCCACCAGCCACUCCUGGGAAACCCUAUGGGGCAGUUCUACUCUGUCCUGUAGGGUUGCUGUGAGUUGGAAUUGAUUCAGUGGCAAUGGGGUUGGUUUUUUUGGUUUAUACCUAUUUAAGGAGCCCUGGUGGCAAAGUGGUUAAGCACUUGGCUGCUAAUUGAAAGGUUGGUGGUUCAAACCCACUGGCUGCUCCAUGGGAGAAAGAUGUGGCAGUCUGCUUCCAUAAAGAUUACUGUCUUGGAAACCCUAUGGGGCAUUUCUGUCUGUCCUAUACGGUCACUAUGAGGCAGAAUUGAUUCGAUGGCAACAGGUUUGGGUUUUUUUGUUGUUGUUGUUCUAAUGCCUCAUAUUUGCAAAUGUGUAUUGGAAUCAAUCUCACAUCUGGAAUACAAAAUGCCAAAAGUUCAGAGUCUUUUUCUAGUUAUUUCAUAUUAGGUAAAACUAAAACCUUAUUAUUUCUACUUUUUAAAAAUAUUACUCUGUGGUAAUUGUUAUUUUGUUUUAAAGACUUUGAAUGAUCUCUUGAAUAGUAGCAUUCGCAACAAUGAACCUCACCAAUUCGUUAUUUUAGUCUUUCACUUUUUUAGUGAAAUAGCAUCCUGUCUAUAAGCAGCAUGUAAGGCAGAUGGAUUAUUAUAAGGUAAUCAACACUUAACAUAAAUAGACUGGGAAAGAGGGGGGAGGAGUCGGUUUUCUUUGACUAACCAGUAGCCAUCUGAUCGGUUCUUUCUUUGACUAGUUAUUGUUAUAGCUGCUGCUGGGACGUUUUCUUUGCUGCAAAGCCUAGCUCCUAUAUCCACAGCUAACUGGGGUCUCAUAAACUGAUGUGAGAAGACUUUUGCUGUAUCUUUAAGGCUUUUAUAAAAGGAAUUGCCUAUUGCAUCACCAAAAUGCAGGUACACGAAGAUUUAAUCAUUACAGUGGGAUAAGCCUCCUACUUUACUAACUGCAUCCUAGGUAGAUUUAAAACACAAAAGACAUGUUAACUAUUGGAAUUCUUGCUAGUUAAUAAUUGUGAGCCUGUUAAAAAUAUUUGAUCAUUAUCAGUAAUUAUAAAUUGAAGCAUUAAGAUAGUUCUUUUAACACGUGAUGCUCUCAGGAGCUCAGUAGACUCUUUGUAAGGUAGGUAAUAGUAUUUUAUUUCUGAGCAUACGCAAACUGAAGCAUUUAAUUCAUUUUAACUGGCCUUGUCACCCAGCAAGUAUGUGUAGACCCAGUUAUUCGGUGUGUAUUUGAAUUACCUGACCAAAAUGAAGGCUAUAUACAGUUAAUGUUCUUGAUGUCUCUAUUACACAAAAAUAAAGAUCUUUCUCACUAA